GCGGGCGGGCGGGCGGUCGGCGGGAUGCGGCUGUCGGUGGCGGCCGCCAUCUCGCAUGGCCGCGUGUACCGGCGGUUCGGGCUCAGCCCGCGGUCGCGGCUGGACCUGCUGCGGAACCUGGUGACAGCGCUGGUGCGGCAUGAGCGCAUCGAGACGCCCUGGGCGCGGGCCGACGAGAUGCGCGGCUACGCCGAGCGGCUCAUCGACUACGCCAAGCGGGGGGACAAGGACGAGCGCGCCAUGCGCAUGGCGGAUUUCUGGCUGACCGAGAAGGACCUCAUCCACAAGCUGUUCAAGGUGCUGGCGCCCCGCUUCCAGCCGCACCCCGGCAGCUACACGCGGCUGCUGCAGAUCCCCAACCGGGACGGGCUGGACCGCGCUAAGAUGGCGGUGAUCGAGCUGAAGGGGAACCCGCUGCCGCCGCUCGUCCUCCCGCGCCGCGACUCCGACAAGACGCUGCUGAACCAGCUGCUCAAGGGGUACCGGCAGGACGCGCAGCGGGCGGCCGCCGCCCGGGGCACCCCCGUCUAGGGCCCCCGGUGCCCUGAGCCCUGCGCUCCGGCGAGCUGCCCACGCACCAGCCCCAGGUGCUGUCCUGCGGCACGGGAAGGGCAGGUGUGGCAGGAGAGCUGGAGGGUGAUGGAAGUUGUCGUGGCGAGGGCUGAGUUUAGUGGCUGUUUCCAGUGGUUUGAAUAGAGACUCAGCAGGAGAAAGAAAUCAAGCUAGGAGGCAUGAUGAUUGAUAUUUUCUGUGUAAAUAAACUUUGUUCAGAAAGCCA